AUGAUUCCCGCUACUGCUGCACCACCACAUUCAAUAAAUACACUGGAUCGAAUUGCAUUUUAUAAGAGUGUUCGCGAAAAACGCAAACAACUUCAACUAAAUCAUCAUACGAAUGGAAAGGAGAGUAUAAGUUCAUCAACAGAGAAUGCUUUCCUCACUCAAAUGCUUCAAUCAUCUUCAACUUCUACAACAUCAUCAUCAUUAAGUAUACCAUCACUUUUACGUAAAGGUGAUUUUUCAUCGUCAUCAUCAUCCCAUCGAACAGCUUCAAGUACUCUUACGAAUAUUUUACCUGCGCUACUUAAUGGUACAUUACAAUCACCACGUGCUAUAUCACCGUCAAGCGUAACAACAAUAACAACAACAACAAAUAAUGCUAAUUUAAAUUCUCCAACAAGUACAAAUACAACUGAUACUCUUGUUGAUAUUAAAUGUUCAACAUCAUUACCUGUUUCACCAGCUGCUAAUACACAUAAUAAUAAUAAUAAUAAU